AUUUAAUUAAAGAUCUAAUGAAUAAUACUCGUCCAUCACAACUUCCAGCUACAAAAACUACACCAUCAUAAUUACCUUAGAGUGGAUAAUAAUAAAUACCAGAAGGUUAUUAACCAUAAGUUGGUUGGGUUCCAGCAUCUUCAUAGAUUCAACCAAUGGGUAUUAAUCAAGCUAUUCCAAUAUAAUAAACAGGAUUAUUACCAAAUUAACCAUAUUUGUAACAACCAGUUUAUGGUUAAUAAGCUUUGGUUCAAUCAAGUGGUCCAGUGGUCAGUUAAGGAAAUGUAAGAGCCAUUAUUAAGAGUUAUAGGUUAUAAAAGGUGAGUCUAGAAUAGAGUAUAUUCCUUACACAAAGGAAGUGACUGAAUAUGUUACUUAGGAAGUUGUUGAAUACGUUCCAAGAGAGAGAAAGAUAACAGAUUAUUAUGCAGUUGAAUAUGUGACAGAACACAUUCCCCAAGUGAUAUAGGAGAAGUAUAUUGGUAAUAAAUGAAGACUAUGACAGAGUAUGUUCCUGUAGAAACAGUAAAAGAGAGAACAGAAUAUUAAGCUGUGACAAGAUAGAGUGUAAUUUAAUAGCCAGUUGACUAUCAAUAGAUAUAAACAACACAAUAAUAUUAAGGUAAAUCAAUUUAUUUAGUAUACUUAGUGCCAGCAUAAAUAUAAUAUGCAACUACAACAACUAAUCAAUAUUUUCCCUAAACCUAGAGUCAAUUUGCAACAACAGUUCCAGUGACAACAUCCUAAUAUAUUCCAUAAUAAUUUACAUAUGCUUAAUUACCAGCAACAUAAACUGCCAUUUUUGGUUAAUAACCAGCAACAACAACUGCCGUUUUCGGUUAAUAACCAGCUAUAACAUCAACAGCUUAUGGAUAAAUACCAACAACAACAACCACAUAUGGUUAAAUUGCUCCUUAGAUUACUUAUGGUUAAUUACCUCCUACAACAACAACUACAGCUUAUGGUUAAUUACCAUAGACUACAACAGCUACAUAUGGAUAAUUACCAUCUGCUGCUUAUGGAUAAUUACCAUCUGCUGCUUAUGGUUAGGUUACUACAACCUCUCAAUAAUAUAGUACUGGUUGGUAAUAAGUAUAUCCAUCAGCUACAGGAAAUGUUCAAUAGACAUAAUCAAAUAAACCAGGUUUAAGUCCAAAAUAUGCAUGAAAAUAUAAAUACAUAAUUAUUCAAAGUUAUUAAAUAGAUC